ACGAAAACGACAUCCGGUAAAAAACCAGUAAAAUUAGUACUGGAUUUACUGGAUAGUGUGUACGCGAACAGGGCUAUUGUAGAUGUAGAAUAAUGAAGAUCAACGAAAAGAACUUGUGUGUUUUCGCUACCAGUCCUCCGUUUGAUUGCGAAGGAUUUUUAAAUAAAAGGGGAGAGGUGAACAAGGCUUUUCAACGAAGAUAUUUUGUGCUUAAAGGAAACUUACUUUUUUAUUUUGAAAAGAAAGGCGAUAAAGAACCAUUAGGCCUAAUAAUUGUAGAGGGUUGUACCAUAGAGUUAUCGGAAGAAAGUGACCAAUAUUGUUUUGAAAUAGCUUUCAAUGGCAAUCGUACUUAUAUUUUAAGCGCAGAUUCUCAGGAGUGUAUGGAGACCUGGAUGAAGGCUUUGACCUGUGCAGGUUAUGAGUACAAGAAAAUGGUUGUUGCUGAGCUGCAGCGGCAAUUGGCAGAGAUUGAGUGUUCGCGUGACA